AGGGUUUUCUUUCUCCUUGCAUAACCUGUUAGGGUUUUUGGGGUCACCAUUUUUGUUUCUCAACAACCUUAUUUCACAUUCCACUUCGCACCAUUCACAAUGAACUCCAACACUAUAUGAUACCUUUCCUGGACAUAGCCAACAUUGUUUUGACCAAAUAUUUCAAAAGAUGUCUGACACCGGUAAGCUGUUUUGCCCUCACGUUUUUCUAGUUGCUCUUUUAGAUCUAUCCUUUUCCCGGAACUUGGUUUCGAACCGAUGGAUAUCCAUCCACUCGUUGGCACACGGGGCUUCUGGAAGCUUCAACUGCAAGAAACCUCCAUUCUAGCAUUGGCCAAAUCGCAGUUUGUUGCUCAUUUGUCAGACAUGAUGGGUUUCGAAUUCGAACCAUGAUUCAAUAACCCUUUUAGGUCCAAAGGUGGUCCACAAAUUUUCCCAUUCUUUGAUUAUUUUGCGGAGUUUAUGUAGCCAUCCGUUUGGUGGUGAUGGAUUUGAAUGCAUUGAGGGAGCCUUUGAAAAACCUAGAAUUAAAUUGUGAUUCUGCUGUGGAUGGGAACGCUCCGUUUAAACGAGGAUUGGGGCUAUAACCAAAAGCAGUUUUCACUGAGGAAAGGGUUCAUAGAAAGUGUGAGGUUAGAUGCUAAGAGGGUUCUUGAGGUUCUCGCACAAGGUCCCGGUCUCGAUGCCAGGUUGGUUUUAGGUGAGUUGCAUGUGAGGCCAUCAGGGCUUCUUGUGAGGGAGGUUCUCUUUGGAAUUUUUAAGAACAUAAAUUCUGAGAAUAAAACUAGGUGUGCAAAGCUGGCAUACAAGUUUUUUGUGUGGUGUAGUCAGCAAGAGGGUUACCGGCAUACUGCAAAUGCAUAUCACUUAUUUAUGAACAUAUAUGCGGAGUGUGAGGAGUUUAAGGCAUUGUGGAGAUUGGUUGAUGAAAUGAUUGAGAAAAAGCUUCCGGCUACUGCUCGAACUUUCAAUAUCUUGAUUCGUACUUGUGGUGAGGCAGGAUUGGCUAAGAAAUUGGUGGAGAGGUUCUUAAAAUCAAAGACAUUUAACUUUAGGCCUUUUAAGCACUCCUAUAACGCAAUCCUGCAUGGUCUUCUUGUUUUAAAACAGUACAAGUUGAUUGAGUGGGUUUAUCAGCAGAUGUUGCUUGAUGGAUUUUCUUCAGAUAUUUUAACUUAUAAUAUUGUCAUGUAUGCAAACAGACUUGGAAAGUUGGAUCAAUUCCGACUGUUUGACGAGAUGGUAGAAAUGGAUUUUUUCCAGAGUUGUCAUACAUUCAUAAUUCUACUUCAUGUUCUUGGCAACGGGGACAAACCGCUUGCAGCUCUCAAUCUCUUAAAUCACAUGAGAGAAAUGGGUAUAGAUCCAACUGUGCUUCAUUUCACUACAUUGAUAGAUGGACUUAGCAGAGCUGGAAAUAUGGAUGCUUGCAAGUAUUUUUUUGAUGAAAUGAUAAAGAAUGGAUGUAUCCCAGAUGUGGUGGCUUACACUGUAAUGAUAACAGGAUAUGUAGUGGCUGGUGAGCUUGAGAAAGCCCUGGAAAUGUAUCAAGAUAUGAUUUCUAGAGAACAAAUUCCAAAUGUUUUUACAUACAAUUCCAUAAUUCGGGGAUUGUGCAGGGCAGGAAAAUUUGAUGAAGCAUGUUCCAUGCUCAAGGAAAUGGAAACCAAAGGUUGUAGUCCAAACUCUGUGUGUCUAUGAUAGUUUAGUGAUUGUUUACGGAAUGCUGGAAAACGGCUUGCUGCUCAUGAAGUGAUAAGACAGAUGACAGAGAAGAGCAAGUACACUCACAUAUAUUCAAGAUACGAACGGAACAAAUGAGGCAUCGACUUUUGAUCUGGAUAACCGAGACCCAUGAUCUGCUGCGUGUUCAGCUGACUAGAAGCUGGAUAAUGAACUUUUGGAGGUGUAAGACUAAUCUUCCUGGUUCAUGAGUUCCAAAAUCCGGAGCAAGCAACAAACAACAGCUUCAAAUAUUGCCAAUAGUCAGAGAUGCAGUAAUUAUUUAAGUUGAUCUCCACACACAUGCUUAAGCUGGUUGCUUUUCUGUGGCUUCAAAGGGCAGCCAUUCAGUUUGAUGCCACAUUCCAGAUGAAGAUUGGAAAGCUUAUCCUCUUCUAUUGUCAGUUAAACAUCAUACAGGAUAAAUGUUGAACGUAAGUGUAAUACAUCCUCAUCUCAAGUUCCCGCUCUGAUUGUACAAUCUCAUAGGAUUGAUGUUUUUAGGUUUCUGUUGGAUGGAUUGGCGACUCAAGUGUUUACAUUCGUCAUCCGGGGCUGUGUAUCUACAUGUAAUGAUGAAGGCGGCCGUUGCUUUUUUUGGUCUGUCAGCUAAGCCUAUUCAGCAUUGCUUUUUCCCCCUUGAUCUUUCUAAUACGGUUUAUUCGUUUAUUUUGUAUUCCUGAUUGAAUUGACUGGUUUUAUAGCCAUACAACUUACCGUGUGAGAUUUCCUAUACUGAGAAUGAGACUGAGGAUAAAAUUGAACGUUUCAUUUCAUCCCAAGGUGUGUUGGCUGUUGAACCCUACCACCGCCGAGCAAAACUCUAACUAAAUUGAAAAAGAUUUAGAAAAAAAACCAUUGAAUGUCUAAAUAUAUAGAUAAUUUUUAAAAUCAAGUGCUGACUUUAAUAAAAUUGCAUUUUAAACUUAGAAAUC